UCAUCGUAAAAGCAGAAGCGCCGCAUAUUCAUUUCAAUUGAGUUGCUUCAGAAAAGUCAGUCCAGGAAAAUAGUGCAAGAGAUUAGGUUCCAAAUUUAUAAUGGCAUUCAAGUUGAAUAACAUGAAUAAAGCUACAGUUUUCGUUACCCUGCUUGGGCUGCUUCUUGGUGUCUUAGCUCGCUCAUGUGUGCAGGGGCUGCAGAAGAAUGAGGGGGAGGAGAAUGGAAGCUACUUUGGACAACAAUUCGAUGAACUAUGCAAUAACGUGUGUACAAGUAUCCAGAAUGGCCUCGUCACUUUAACAGUUAAAUUCCUCCAUUUCUUCAUUUCAAGUUGCUUACAGUUUAGAUAUUUGCCAGCGUUGUUUCCUGCGCCUUGGACCAUGUCUAUGUCAUUUUGGGUAGCAUUUACUCGAUCAAUCUCAUCGAUGCCGAACAACCCUCUGCAAUAACUUUUGAUUCAUCUUUGACUUUCGGCCACUGCUGUAUUCCACCCACAUGCACCCUCCUGACUGAGAAGGGAAAGAGACAAAGGGGGGAGGAGGGGGAAGGGGGGAAACGUUUGGGUUGGCAUGGUGUUGUAGGUGAAUUUGGGUUAAAACAAAUUACUGUGACAGCAUAGCCCAAUCCAAGUUUCUGAGAAUGCAAAGCUAGGCUAUUAAUUACGAGGCAUAAAAC